ACCCACAGCCAACCAGCGACGACCAGCACAUACCCUUCCAACGACUUACGACCAUGGCCGACCACGGAAUACUGCCACCUGGCUUCAAUCCAGAUACCACCUCAACCAAGCUCAAUCCAAAGUAUCACGUCAAACUCGAAGCUGAGAAAGUACUGGAUGUAGCUGCCAACGAUUUUCCAGGUCAUUGGCCUGGUGAGAGUAACGCAUGGGAUAUUCAGACAUUCAAAAAGAACCUCAAGAUCAAGAUCUGUAGAUUGUCAAGCACUUCGAUGGAGUUCGAUCUGAUUGGAAUCGAUGCUAGUAUAGCUAACGCUUUACGGAGGAUCAUGUUAGCCGAAGUCCCCACAGUCGCCAUCGAGGACGUAUUCGUAUGGAAUAAUACUUCACUGGUACACGAUGAAGUCCUGGCUCAAAGACUCGGAUUGGUACCCUUGAAAAUCGACCCUCGAUUGAUCGACAUGCGAACCGACGAAGGUGCCACUGAUCUCAACACCAUCGUCUUCAAGUUGGUCGUCAAUUGUCGUCGGAAUCCUCACGUACCAAAGACUGAAAAAGACCCAUUGAAGCUUUACCAAAACUCACUAGUUACCACAGAGGCUUUAGAAUGGGAGCCGAAAGGGGAUCAGGUAGAUAUGUUUGGAAGCGAGCCUCCUCGACCAGUCCAGAAUGACAUUGUCUUGGUCAAGAUGAGGCCUGGCCAAGAAAUCCGGGCGGAGAUGCACUGUGUCAAAGGAAUCGCCAAAGACCAUGCCAAGUUCUCACCAGUCGCUACGGCCUCCUACAGACUACUACCUCACAUUGUAAUACAUGAGCCGAUACCUGAACCAGACUGCCUCAAAUUUCAAUCUUGCUUCUCACCUGGGGUCAUAGAGAUCGUCAACGGCCCCAAGGGAGGAAAAACAUGUAAAGUUAAAAACCCGAGAAACGAUUCAGUUAGUCGGGAAGUCUUGAGGCAUCCUGAAUUUGAGGGUAAAGUCACUCUAGGUCGAGUCAGGGAUCACUUUAUCUUUAACGUCGAGUCAACAGGUGUAUAUUCACCACAAGAAAUUCCACUAGAAGCCUGUGAGGUCCUACUAUUGAAGAUCAGAACAGUUAGGGCUUCCUUGAAGCUACGGGCGGAUGCUAUGCUAUGAUUUUGUUUUCUUUUUCCUUAAUAUUCUGCUGAGUUGCGCUGUUUUUUUUUUUUUUUUUUUCCUUUUUUUUUGUAAAAAAUAAACACAUACAACAAAAACACCAAAUUAGUGAAUCAAAUCACAUGUCUAUUAUGACCACCAUUCCUCAUGUGAAGAAUAUACAUAUGUAAAAGAAUAAC